UGAUUUUGAUCGGUCAGUUUGUAUAGCAGCUAUAUGCAACAGUGGUCCGAUCUGAAAAAUUUACUCGGAGGUCAUAGCGUUGUCUUGGAUAAAAUUCUAUGCCGAAUUUCUUGAACAUAUCUUGUCAAAUAAAAAUUUGUUUCAUACAACUUGAUGUUCAUCGCUUAUAUUGCAUAGCAGCUAUAAUAUAUGCUAUUUUGGUCCGAUAUAGAACUUUGUUUAUUAUUUUGACACCCGGAGCGUUCGUAUUCAUUAGGACGACUUAUUCUAACUAUAUAUAUAACGUCCUAUGGUUUGCAACCCUCGAAAUAGCUCGCUUCUUGAAGCUACCGAGAGUUGAUUUCGAUAACUACUGACUUACUAAAUAGGGUUGUAUAAAACAAUUAUAACAACAACAACAAUGUCCUUACAUAAUACUCAGCCAGCAAGGAAAGUGGAGAAAAGGUUUGUUGUAAGCACUUUGUUAUACUUCAAGAUUAGUUUCAUAUUGUAAGAUCGAUCAAUAUCCAUUAUAUGUUAUAAACAGUAUGGUCAUUUUGUGAUUUCCGAAUGCCUUAAACUUCGACUUAUUGAGGUUUCACUUCACUUUAAGUAACCAAGCAACAAAGCGAACCGUUUAUUUUGUUUCAAAUAACAAAUUUAUUGACGUACCCUAACAACGUCUUCGAAACGUUAAAUUUCCUUUGCUUUGGCAACAAAUUAAUGGAAAGUAUUCAAAUCAAGCCUUCAAAGACAAACAUUUGCUUUUUUUCAUAACCCAUCAUAUUUACACUGGCGAGGUAAACUAUUUGAACCAAAACAAAAAAAUUCAGCAGAUUCACUAUGUCGCUUGUCUAUAUAACGCGUCACUAUGAGAAUAUCAAAAACAUCGAAAGCACUGCGGAUUAUUAUCAAUUUAUAAAAGGCAGCUCCUCGAUGAGACCUAGACAGCCCGUUAGAAAAAAGGACAAGUCUAAAGCUGUUCUAAAAUUGCCGGAUGGUAAGAGGUUACUGACCGAUUCUAAGAAGAGUGAGCGCAAAACAAUGGGCUAUAGUGAGACACCGCUACGUGAACCGUGUGAAUUUCUGCGCAAAAAUGGCGGCGUCAAAUGGCAAAGAAAACGCGAUCAUACUUGUCCCAAACGUGAUGAGCCUGUACUGCCAGUGCCACGCUUGGAAGAUCUGAAGAAAGAGAAGCAUGACAAGGAGAAGAAAAAAGUAAACUUUAUAAAAAAGAACGCGCAAUGCAUUAAAAAUGCGCCAGCGAAGUGGCAUCCACCAAAGUAUAUUGACUUCCAUACCGGCACGCCACGUAACUUGAAAAAUUCCGGACUUGUUCCGCAAUAUGUUUGUUCAGAAGCGUAUGGUAAAGUGCCUUGUUACUUGCGUUUGCAUAAGAAGCUAGUUUCGAAUAAGCCCGAAAUAUGUAAGAUCGAACAAGUGCAGCUGGCAGAGCGUUGCAAGUUCAGGGAUGCCAGUAUUCGUCAAUUACCAUUGGAGGAGAGGGAUAACAUUCUAAAGGGUCUCAAACAGCAUUUUAAUGACGUCUUCAAAGCUUACCAAGCAGGUUCCUUGUUAAUUGACACAAUUUCAAAGCGUUUAAGAAAAUCGAAUUUAGAAAAGGAAUUACGGCAAUUGGAACAUGACAUUUUUCUUCUAGAAUCUAAUCCGAUCAUAUAUGUAUCUGAGUAUUAAUCGUCAAUAAAAUGCGUCAACUGUUCAAAUUCUGCAAA